CGUUAUAAAUUGGUUUUCACAUUCGUUGAAGGAAUUUGGGAUUUAAAUGAGUUCACAAAAAGGCAACGUGUCUCGCUCCCGAGGUCAGAAAUACCAAAACACCACUGCCUUCAAAAAUGACAAAUAUGGCGCAAGUGUUCACGUGAAGAAGGCAAAUGCGAAGGUCCACGACGGUCUGUGUCAGCACUGUAAGGAUGUUCUUGAAUGGAAAGUCAAAUAUAACAAAUACAAACCCCUUACCCAGCCCCGAAAAUGUGUGAAGUGCUCUCAGAAAACUGUGAAAGAUGCUUAUCACAUCAUGUGUAAGCCCUGUGCCUUAACGUUACAGCUUUGUGCCAAGUGUGGAAAGCAAGAGGAGAUAGUGAUUCCGGUUGGCUCUCAGAACCAAGAGGAAAAAGAAGACUCAAGUCAGACGCACAAAGGACAUACGAAGAAGAAAAAAGACCCCGACAGAGAUGAUGAUGAUGAUGAAGAUGAUUAUGAUGAUGAACUUGAUGAUGAUGAUGAUGAUUUUUAAUGCAUGGGCAGUGAUGCAAAAGACAGCAGUCCAAGGGAUAAAGAAGACAAGGACUCUCUAAUGUGUCUGUCAUUAACAAAUAAGACUGCAAUUGUUCCUCAUAAUGUGCUGUUUUUUUAACUACUGUUCUCCCUUAUGUGCUGUUUUGUUGAAGAAUUUAAAAUACAACAAUUAUACCAUUGAUAUUUACUUAUUACAGCUGAGGCAUUUAACAACAAGUCAUCCCAGAUGUAGAGAUUUCAAGGUGAUUUUUGUAAGAAAUAUAAUGCGAUUCUUACAUGCAAAUGGUGCAUACGGAGUAGCUGAUGUGCAAUACAGUUUUGAUAUGUCUUUGAAGAAUAUGUCUGACAGUCAUUAAAAUCAAUGAAACUUUU